GCAGCAGGUGCUGGUUUGCCAACGUCGGCUUCAGAAGAGUCAAAGGAGAAGGAAAAGAGGGAAGGGGAGGCGGAAACGGCGUAGCGCCAGCGCCGGCGGCGGCCGCGGGCGGGAGGUGGAGGAGCGAGCAGGCAGGCGGGACGGUCGGGUUUGCUCUUGCCCGCGGGGCAUCGGCGCGGGCGGCGCGCCUGAGCCGGGGCCCCGGCGUGUGGCCCGGCGGGCGGCAUGGGGGUGCAUCCCGCUCUCCCCGCGCCCUAGCGGCGGCCGCGGCGGCCCUGGGCUGAGGCGACAGACGGACGGCCGCUGGAGGGCCACGGGGCUGCCCCGGCUUCCAGGGCGUGUAAUGGCUGCUGAGAAGAGACUGCAAGAAUACGGGGUGCUUUGCAUUCAGGAAUAUAGGAAAAACAGCAAAGUGGAGUCAAGUACACAUAACAGCUUCAUGGGCUUGAAGGAUCAUCUGGGGCAUGACCUAGGCCACCUUCAUGUGGAGAGCACUGACCCGCAUUUAAGUACAUCUGUACCUUGGCCAAUGGUAGAAAAACCAACAAUGGAUAGAGUUAAUUCUGGGAAGGAAGAAAAAGAGGUGUCUGAAGAGAAUGUGAGCUCUGGUGACUCAGAAGAAAGCACAAAUUCUGAUAAUGAGUCAGAGCAACUGAGUAACAUUUCAGUAGAGCCAUGUUUAUUAACCAAGACUCACAGACAGCUAUGUAGGUCUCCCUGCUUAGAGCCGCCUCACAUACUUAAACGCAGUGAAAUUUUACAAGACUUUAAACCCGAAGAGGCCCAGACUAUAUCCAGGGAAGUGAAGAAACCCCCUGAUGCUGUGCGAGAAUACCAAACAAAACUGGAGUUUGCACUUAAGUUAGGCUAUUCUGAAGAACAAGUUCAGCUUGUGCUAAACAAACUUGGUACUGAUGCUUUAAUCAAUGAUAUAUUGGGAGAACUUGUCAAACUUGGAAAUAAAAGUGAGGCCGAACAAACAGUUAGUACAAUUAACAGUAUAAUGCGGGAAACAUCCUCCCUGGAAUCUCAGCGGUCCGAUUCUCCAAUGCAAGAGAUGGUAACAGAUGACGGAGAAAAUCUGAGACCAGUAGUUAUCGAUGGCAGCAAUGUGGCAAUGAGCCAUGGAAACAAAGAAGUAUUUUCCUGCCGAGGAAUAAAAUUGGCAGUGGAUUGGUUUUUGGAAAGAGGCCACAAAGAUAUUACAGUUUUUGUCCCUGCUUGGAGAAAAGAGCAGUCCCGACCCGAUGCUCUCAUUACAGAUCAAGAAAUUCUUCGUAAACUGGAGAAGGAGAAGAUCCUGGUGUUCACACCCUCCCGGCGAGUCCAGGGCAGGCGCGUGGUGUGCUAUGACGACAGGUUCAUUGUGAAGCUGGCUUUCGAGUCGGAUGGAAUAAUUGUGUCCAAUGAUAACUACAGGGAUUUGGCUAAUGAAAAACCAGAAUGGAAGAAGUUCAUAGAUGAGCGAUUAUUAAUGUACUCAUUUGUCAAUGACAAGUUCAUGCCUCCUGAUGACCCCCUUGGCAGACAUGGCCCAAGCCUGGAUAAUUUUCUGAGGAAGAAGCCUAUUGUUCCUGAACACAAAAAGCAGCCUUGUCCAUAUGGAAAGAAAUGCACCUAUGGACACAAGUGCAAAUACUACCAUCCGGAAAGGGGCAGCCAGCCACAGCGGUCAGUGGCUGAUGAGCUUCGUGCCAUGUCAAGAAAUACAGCUGCCAAAACUACAAAUGAAGGAGGACUGGUGAAAAGCAACAGUGUCCCCUGCAGCACUAAGGCUGACAGCACUUCUGAUGGCAAACGAGGUGCUCCAAAGAGGCAGUCAGAUCCCAGUAUUAGGACUCAAGUCUACCAAGACCUAGAGGAAAAGCUUCCCACCAAAAACAAACUGGAAACCAGGUCUGUACCUUCCUUAGUUAGUAUACCAGCUACUUCUACUGCAAAACCCCAAAGCACUACAUCUUUAAGCAAUGGCCUUCCAUCUGGAGUUCAUUUCCCACCUCAGGAUCAAAGACCACAGGGACAAUAUCCUCCAAUGAUGAUGGCAACCAAAAAUCAUGGAACGCCAAUGCCUUAUGAAUCGUAUCCAAAAUGUGACUCACCUGUUGACAUUGGAUAUUAUUCCAUGUUGAAUGCAUAUUCAAAUCUGAGUAUCUCAGGCCCACGAAGUCCUGAAAGGCGUUUUUCCUUAGAUACAGAUUAUAGGAUAAGUUCUGUUGCUUCUGACUGCAGCAGCGAAGGGAGCAUGAGCUGUGGGAGCAGUGACUCCUAUGUGGGGUACAAUGACCGGUCCUAUGUCAGUUCUCCUGACCCGCAACUAGAAGAAAAUUUAAAGUGUCAACACAUGUACCCUCACAGCCGCCUUAAUUCCCAACCCUUCCUGCAGAAUUUCCACGACCCCUUAACCAGAGUGCAAAGUUAUAGUCAUGAAGAACCAAAGUACCAUCACAAGCCUCCUCUUCCGCAUCUGGCCAUGCACCUGCAGCACCCUGCUGUGGGAGCCCGGUCCAGUUGUCCUGGUGAUUACCCUUCUCCGCCAAGUUCAGCACACUGUAAGGCACCACACUUAGGACGGUCCUUAGUGGCCACAAGAAUAGACAGCAUUUCUGACUCUCGGCUGUAUGACAGUUCUCCUUCAAGACAGAGAAAGCCUUACUCCCGUCAGGAAGGGCUGGGAACCUGGGACAGGCAGGGUUACGGGAUUGAGGCGUAUGGCUAUCGGCAGACUUACUCCUUGCCUGAUAACUCCACACAGCCAUGUUAUGAGCAGUUCACCUUCCAGAGCCUACCUGAACAGCAGGAGCCGACGUGGCGAAUACCAUACUGUGGACUGCCGCAAGAUCCCCCAAGGUAUCAAGACAACCGAGAAAAGAUUUAUAUUAACUUGUGCAACAUCUUCCCCCCUGACCUUGUGAGAAUCGUCAUGAAGAGGAACCCUCACGUGACAGAUGCCCAGCAGCUCGCCGCAGCCAUCUUGGUGGAGAAAUCACAGCUGGGUUACUGAAAGAUGAUGCAUCUUUGUGGUGUUUAGUUCUUUGUUCAGCUCAAAUGCUGAGGGAGGUUUGCUACAAUAGCACAUGUGAUCUCCUUCUCAUCAAGGAGGUUAUAUAGUAUCCAUUUAUGUGAAAUACUGUAUCAUGGAAUCUGUAUGUAUAGCCCCACAUAGUGGAAGUAUCACGGGAUUGCUUUACAUUCAAACUUUUUUUUAACAUUUCCUUUUUAAAGCUAUAUCCUUGGCUGGAAAUUUUUCCAGUUUGAUUUAUUAGAUGUAUCUGUGAUCUUUGAUAUUAAUCUUUGGUGCAUCAGGGGUUUAUAUGCAGCACUUUUUAUCCUUAUUUCAUGUUUUAUUAACUUGGUGUUUCUCUAUCAAUUACAAGCAAUUACAGUACCUUCAGAAUGUUGAACAUUUGACUACACCUAGCAAACAAACUAUUUUUUCAAGCCAAGCUUAAUUGGAAUCUUUUACAGCUUUUUAAGUUAUUUUUAUUUGGGGAAAGUGGGCUUCUUUGUGCUAUAAUCAUUAUUUAUAGAAACAAAGAUAUACUACAGCACUGACUUUAUAUUUUAAACAAAUGUAAGUUACCAGUUUAUGUUGAAAUGGGUAACAGUAUAUAUUAGGAUGGUUUAAAAUAUGGCACUUUUCAUUGUUUUAUUUUUAUUUGGAUUUUCUUGUCUGUUGAGUAAUUUAAUAUAGUGGAUUUAAAGGAAAGCAGAUGCAAUCAAUGGAAAAAAUGUUUCCAUUUCUUUUUUUUAUGACUAAGGUAAAAGUCGUAACUGUUAUAGUUUACAGCUUUGUUAUCCAGCCAUGAUGUGCUUCUAGGUGGUAGAAAUGGAGUUGAAUUUCUAGAGUCUCACUGACCUGUAUUUUUUAUGUUUGUCUUUUUGUUUGAGAGCACAACAAUACUGGAUAAAAUAACCUUUUUGCAGUAAUUGCCUGUUCUUAAUGAAUCUAAUUAUUCUCAAUGCAACUUUUAUAUUUAAUACACUCUUUAGCUUUCCUGCUAUUUAUCAAGGCUGGCCUGGGGUGGCUUUAUGUGUUGAGGAUAUGCAACAUGUAUUGGUACUGCACUAUGGAAAUGGUGAUGGAGGAGUUGUAAAUGGUAACUUAAAAUUUUUGUAAGAUACUGUAUAUUUUCCAUUUUCCUAGAGGUAGUUUUAUGGGGGGCCUGUUAUAUUAUUAAGGCCAGACUCUUGCCACAAAUAGUGUAGUUUUAGAUACAGACUAAAGUCUGUUUUAGUAUUAGUAAGGGAUAUUUCUGGUUUCAAAGUCAUGGGUUUUGCUAGAUGCUAAUUCAUUUUCCAGAUAUGGGAAACGGUGGCAGUUAUGCGAUUGAUGUGACUUCCCUGUUGCCUCCCGUUUUUGAAUUUUACUCAGUGUAACGGACUUACAUGGAUCUGUUUCUGUAGACUGCCAAGAUGCCCUGGUUACUCUGAUUAUUCCAUGCGCUACAGUUCGAGGUAAAGCCCUAAAAAACCAGAAAGUACCUUUUACUGUUGAUACAAAUUGUAUCUUUUUAACUACAAGAACUAUUUUGAUUUGUAGAUCUAGUUAAAACACAAAUGUGUAACUGAUUAGACUUUUGGGCAACAUUUUAUCCCUUAUUUAAAUACAAUUUUUAAAGUAAAAUUGAGGUCUAGAAUAAGGUAGAAAAUUAAAGUAACAGUUUAGGUAAAUAAAAGUGUCUGUCCUAGCAUUAUAUAAUAUAUUAAAUAAAUUCAUUGCCAUUUUCUUUCUCCUAAAACUUAUCUAGUGUGAACUUAAAAUAAAGGUAAAAUGCUGCCUGAAAAUUGUGUCCAAGCACCUUUGACGAGGAUAACAUUUUCACUACUUGUGUGACACCGUGUGUUGCAUGAAGUAGGGUUUGGGUAUACCGUAAAUGCUUCUAAAAGGCAUUGUGCACAUUGACAUACCCAAUCAUCUGAACCGUGUUCAGCAAACUUAAUUCAGGAAGGUGGUGUUCUACAUGACUGUUGCUGUUGUUUCUGAAGUGAGUGUGGCGUUGCUCUGUACCUAGAAAUAAUACAGAUGCCACACAAACCAUUCUGAGCGGUGUCUGUCCGAGAGUGACCCCACUCACCUGGGAAACUGUUCUCCUUGAUUUUGUGGGUCACUCUCUGUAGAACAAGCUUAAAUGUAGGGGCAAAACCAGUGCCAAAAAUAGGAAUACAGAUGUGUAGUACCUUUUUUUAGUGUAAAAUCACUUUUAAAUUGUACAUGAAGGUUUUGCUUCCGUUUUCUUAAUUCUGGUAUCAUAAAUGUUUGGAGAUUCUGCCAAACUUUACUAAAUGUAUUUAAAUGAGAUUUUAGGUAGAAUGUAUAUCACACCUUGAAUUUGACGUUUGAACGUUUUUAGCCAACAAUUUGUCAUUGUGACCUGGAUUUCAGACUAUCAGGAGCAGUGUAGCUUCCACCACCUGUCCUGAAGUGAAUAGCUCUGAACUAUCCACUCUGAAAUCCUUCAGUGUAAUUUAAGAUACAGCCAUUUUCUUAUGUCAAGGAAUUUGUACCCCCGUCCCCAUCCUCCACUUUUUUAAAAAGCACUGAUGUUGCUUUCAGAGCUUAAGAAUCAGAUAUUUAGCAGAUUUUGGAUACAGUAAAUUCUUAAUUAUCUAAAGCAAUAAGUAAGAGGAUCUAUCAUUAAAUUAAAUCCAAAGCUGAUUUCAAACCUUUAAUUUAGCUAAACCUUUCACCUUUAUCAUAUCUUUUACCAGACUUGCUAAUAAAUAAGAGAGGUGUGUUAGUAAAUAGUGAAAACUACCAGGAGAAAGGAUUUCAAUUGGAAUAUUUUGCCCCUGAAUAAUUGAGAGUUGACUGUACUUUGCACAGUGAUUAGCCAGUUCAUCGUCUCUGUGUCUUAGUACAGAGGGAAUAGUACCCAAGUGGCCAAAUAUUGGCCCUUAGUAUCACCUCUGUUCUUGCAUGUGAUACAUAAGUUUUCAGUCUCCUUUUUAUGACCUCUGUAUCCUGACAGAGUUUGUCAUUGACUAAACAUUUGAAAAAAAUGCAAACCAGUAUAAAAUAUUAAAUACUGGUAGAAACUAGAACUUUGUGUUUUUAUGAAAAUACAUUUAUAAAAAUGUGUACUAUAAUUAAAAAGGGUGUUUUUAUAUGUAUACCUACAUGCACACAUAUUUGUUAUGAAGUAAUAUUAACAGUGGGAGGGUGUUACGCUUUUGAUGACUAACUUUUCCUUAGUUGAACUGUUUCCUUGAGUUACACAUGCCUGAGUCUGGGUGACCAAUGAUAAGAUUUAGAAAUGCUUGAGUGGAAAGCAACUCUUCACUGGUUUUAUUCCUGAUGUUUUUUAAUAUUUUGAUAAUUUUAAUAGAAUGCAUAAUUUUAAAACACAAAAACCUUAAAGUAGUAUUAAUUAUACAGAUAAUUAUUUAACAUGUCUUUUAUGGAUGUAUCUCUUAUGUAUAUAAACAGUAAUAUAUUUAUUAAGCAAAUAUACUUUAUGUUGUAACUAUUAGUUUGUGAUAGGUGGGAGGGUGGCUCUGGAUAUGUAUAUGUGUGUUUUGAAAACUAUUGAACUGUUUUUCCUGAUUGAAUGUUAUUUACCCUAAGGUAUAUUGGGUUUUGGUUUUGGUUAUUUUUGCAGUCCAACUUCUUUACCCAGUAUAAAAUAAGAUGUACAGUUUACUGGCCAUUGUGUUAGUGAAUGGCUCACCCAUUCUAUUAUCUCCCACAUCCUGGAGCGUUCCAGAGUGACCUGAAAUCAAACACGAUAGAGCCAGAGAGAAUGCUGUCUUCUAAAUACUAUGUGUUCAACAUGGAACUCAGCUAGGAUAUUGAAUUUGUAGGUAUAUACCACCAAAUAAAAUGAAGCAUAAAAUACUUGACCUGUACACAUACAUUAGAACAAGAGAACAAAUGUUUAUUCUAAUGAAACAUACACAUUAUUUCAGAUUGGUCUGAGAAACCCUCUGGGACAAGAAUUGACAAACUUUCUAUAAAGGAUCAGAGAGUAAAUAAUUCAGGCUUUGAGAGUCAUAUAGUUCUAACUAUGGUAAUGAACUACUCACCUCUGCCCCCACCGCAUGAAAUUAGCCACAGACAGUAUGUACAUGAGUUAAUGGGUGUGGCUGUGUGCCAGGAAAACUUUAUUUACAGAAACAGCAGGAAAGACGUGGCCGGGGGCCACAGCUUGCUCACCCCUGCCCUACAGGGAGGAAAACAGACAUUUUAAGCACUCAGUCCCAAUAUAUGUUAAUACAAGAAAUCUUUGUAUUUCAGUUGGCAUUGAAAUUUUUUAUUGAUGACUACAAAGGAAGAUUGUGAGGAUCAUUAAAGCAUCGUAAUUCACUUACAUGUUUUACCUGCUCACAGUCAUUAUUUAUUAGAGAUUUCUUAUGUUUAACCACAAAAAAGCAUUCUGUAAAAAGAUAUUUUCAUAAGUAUUGAAAUUUUUUCAUGAACUUUGUAUUUUUACUAAUAACUAGGAAUCACUUCCCUGCCCUUUGUUUCUUAAAGGCAUCACUGUCCAAAAAUUCUGUUGUAUUUUGAAAAUUAGCAUAUAAUUAGCCACAAAAUACUUUAAAGACUGCAUUUAUCAGUUACAUUUUUCUUCUGUUUUUUGACUUCCAAAAAUGACAGAUGUGUCCUUUAAAAUGGUUUUAAAGAAAAUAAAUACGUUAUAAUUUCACAUGCCGUGGCUUUAUUCUGUGAGGCUAAAACUCGUGACUAGUGAAGUGGCAGCUGAAAUGGGAGCGCAGUCCCUGUGUUGGUGUCUCUGUAAGAAACAAAGCAGAUCCUUGCCUCCACCAUCCAGACCUUCAGUGCAGUUUGUGUAAAUGAUACCUUGGAAUAGUCCAUGUGUAAUUGUAAAUUCAUUGGACGUACACCCUGCGGAGCAUGUUCGCAGUGGUUUAUAAAUUGUUACAUCAGUUGCAUCCUUUCCAUCAGUUUUGAACAUUGCCAUCCACUUAAGUAGUCAUACUUUCGUUUAAAAUUGGAAUACAACUCUAGCUUUUAAUGAUAACUGGUUACUUGAUUUAUUUUUCUUUGAUGCCAUCUGUCCACCUGCUUUUUUACUUCUGUUACAAUAAUACUGUUAUGUGUUAGGAGUGGAUUUUUCUCUGGGGUUCUUAGUCUUUCAGAUUUAAAAACAAAGUUUUGGCCAUUUGGCAGUAAAAAUUAUCUACGCAUAUUUUAAUUUUGUUUUAUAAAAUUUGUAAAGUUUCACUUUCUAAACCAUGUACCAAAUUUGCCAAUUUUCUGACUGGAUUUUUCUGAUAAAUAACAAAUGGUUGUCCGUAAAAGGGUUUGACUCCUUUCCUAAAGCAGCUCUGUCUCAAGGGAAUAAGACAUUGAAGAUACAUAUGUUUAUAUGUGUGUGUGUGUGUGUGUACGCGCAUGUUUGUGUAUACCAUCUCUCUAUAUAUACACACACACACGUGGUAUAUUUUAGAUUUCCUUAGAUUUUUUGAAAUUAUAAAUUUCUCAGCUAAUAAGAAUGCCCACAGACAUGCAGACUUCUGCAAAGACAUGGACAGCAUUGAGAGUGAACUGGGUCACUGAUUUUUGUCUUUUCCUUUCGUUUUUUUCCUCCCAAACUGAAGUUGUAUGCUGAUAGUAGAAUUUCCAAUUUGAUCCUUUACGUAUUUCUUAUAGGAAAAUAAGGAAAGGAAUAUCUUUAGAACAACCAUCUGAUAAACUGAUGUGAUUCUAUUUAUCCUGUGUCUGUUCUGUGUCUUUCUGUAAUGGAAUUUUCACAACUCUAAAAAGCAGUAUUUUAGACCUAACUGGAAAUCGUAUCAAAACAGCUAUGUGAUUCUGCCACUAAGAAAAAACAAUUAAAAAUUCGUAUUUCU